AUGUCCGACGACGAGGCAGAUCCCGAGCUGGUUGCGCUGCUGCGGCAGCACUACUUUGGCAAGCCGCCGGUCGACGAGGAUGCCGAGACUGGCGUGCUCGAGGGUGCGGAGCACGUCUACGACAACUCAAUUGACGUAGCACUGGACAUGAGGUCGUGCAAAAAUGCGGCCAAGGCGAUCCACAGCCAGAUGGAAGCCAAGAACUACACGACGUCAACGUGGGCCCAGCAUGAGCUGCACCCAAAGACGCGCGACGACAGCACUGUGGCGUUCAUCUUCACAAUGGAUCUGUUGAACUUCUCCUUUUGGUCGGAACUGCCCGCCGCUGACCGAUUCGGCAUCGACUACCGCGGCAAGAAGUGGACAGGCUACUGGAGCCUGGUGGCCGCUCUUCAAAGAGCGCUGGAAGAGGACAUCCCCAUCACGUCAUCUGACUUUUGGCAGAGCGAAGAUGAGUGCAACAUGGAUCUCAUGCGCAAAGUAUUCCGUUCGGCAUCCGACGAAGAGAUGCCGCUGCUGGCUGAGCGGCUUGAGUGCUUGCGCGUGGCGGGCCGGGUGCUCUACGAAAAGUACGAGUGCAGUUUUGUAAACGUCAUCAAGGCGGCCGGUGGAUCGGCCACGAAGCUUGUCAACAUCCUCGCACGCGACUUUGAUUGCUUCCGCGACGAGUUUCCAUACGAACACCGCCGCAAGCCCGUGCGAUUCCUCAAGCGCGCUCAGAUCCUGGUCGCCGAACUAUGGGCGUGCUUCGAAGGCAAGGACUACGGCGAGUUCCGGGACAUUGACAAGCUGACCAUGUUCGCCGACUACCGCGUGCCGCAGAUCCUGCAGUCCAUGGGCUGUCUCUACUAUAGCCCGUUGCUUAUGACUGCGAUCCAGGAAAAGCGGCCAAUCGAGAGCGGUAGCAGCUGGGAGAUGCAGUUGCGGGCGUGCAGCAUCUGGUGUGUCGAGCUGAUUCGACGGGAGAUUCUGCGACAGCAUCCCAAGGCCAAGGUCAACGCCAUUCUCAUUGACUUCUUUCUCUACGAUACGAUGAAGGAGCUAGAAGAGGCUGGCAAGGACGAUAUUCCGCACCACCGGACACGGAGCAUCUGGUACUAA